AUGGAUCGCCCAACGUCUUCCCGUGAUGUGGAAGUCUUCGUCAAGGAGGCAUCAUCCGUCGUUGAGGGGGAGGCAGUGUUUCCAGAAGUGGAGGAAGCUUCGGAAGUUGCACUCGACACUGCGUGCGGAACAAAACGAAGCAUGUCAGGUGGCAUCCUGCAAGAGGGGAAAUGUGGCGCGGAAAAAGAGUUGCAUGAACGACUACAACUGAACCAGAUCCUUCGUCCGAAAUCAGCGGGUGAGGAGGAGAAGGCAGAUCCUACACGCAGCUCUCCGUCCAGCAGAGAGGUGAUUCGGCGAGUGUCUGAUCAGGCGACAUCACUUGGGCAGGGGAGAAACGAGAAAACGAGUAGCGAGGAAGUUUCUGGUGCUGAUAAAGUACAAUGUAGUACAGGGUCAUAUGUUGAAGAAAAUGAAGAUGCAGCAAUGACGAUGAUGAAGGCAGCGGUGGCAGUCGCAACAAAAGAAGAAACCCCGGACGAGGAUAUCUGCUGCAUUUGCUUAGAAGAAUACACAGACGAAAACCCCAUACUUUAUGGCGAAUGUAAGCAUCAUUUUCAUCUUCCCUGUCUUAUGGAAUGGAAGCAACGCAGCAACGUUUGUCCUAUGUGUGCUUCGGAGUCUUUGAGGGGGUUAGCAGAUGACAGUGAGCCUCCUCCUGAUACUGCUACCAACGACGAUGCUUUUAUUGCGCUGCUCCUGCAGCGCCAACUCGAGAGGUACGCACAACGACAUGGAAGACUUCAACGUCAACGCGAGCGUAGCCACGGCAGGGUGCGUGAGGCUGCAGCUGCAAGCGCGGAGCGGCGCCCGCCAAGAAACUCUGUUUCUGGUCAAGCACAGCACAUCGGAAACACAGUAGCUGUCCAACGAUCUCUGGGCGGCCGUAGUGCAAAUGCUAAUGUUGUUGCCAAUCCGACUUUAAGCGGUGGCGCUUCUACUCCGGGGGAGGCACUAAGGUAUGAUUACAAUGCGCGGACUGAGCAUCGUGUAGAGAACGAAAGACUAAAAGAAGGCGGCGUGGCGACCUUCUUCCGUAGGUUUUUCUGCUGCUCAAAGAGAUGA